AUGACCAAAAAUAAAAGACUAAAAUAUACUUACGGAAUUGUCUACUGUCCUGAGCUCCGCAAAGUUCUUCUCCUAAACAGACAAAAAUCGCCUUGGAUGGGAAGAUGGAACGCUGUGGGAGGUAAAUUGGAUAUCGAUGAGUCUCCUAGAGAGUGCAUUGUGAGGGAAACCUAUGAAGAGACUGGGCUCAGUCUAUCACAGUAUGUCGCGAGAGGGGUAACCAGAUGGAAUGUAGAUGAUAUUGAUUUCAAUGGGAUGUACUUGUUCACAGCGCAGGUAUCAUCUGAGACGGUGAGAUCGUAUAAGACUCCAGUUGUUUUCUGUCAUGAAGGUAUAUUGGAUUGGAAGGAUAUAGAUUGGAUUUUGGAUCCCCAAAAUACAGGAAUUGUUGCUUCUUUACAAAAGCUGCUAAAACUAAUACUAUCAGGAGAUAAGGACGACCUCUACCUGUUAACGUAUACAUCCAAUGACUUGACAGCAUUUGAGUAUAUUCCUAAAGGAAACGUAGAAUAUCCCGUGGAUUAA